AUGUGGUCUCACAGCGUUGGAGUACGUGACUGUCAGGCGUUGGAGUACGUGACUGUCAGGGUAUGUGGUCUCACAGCGCUGGAGUACGUGACUGUCAGCGCUGGUCUCAGCGCUGGACGUGACUGUCAGGCGUUGGAGUACGUUGUCAGGGUAUGUGGUCUCACAGCGUUGGAGUACGUGACUGUCAGGGUAUGUGGUCUCACAGCGUUGGAGUACGUGACAGUCAGGGUAUGUGGUCUCACAGCGUUGGAGUACGUGACUGUCAGGGUAUGUGGUCUCACAGCGUUGGAGUACGUGACUGUCAGGGUAUGUGGUCUCACAGCGCUGGAGUACGUGACUGUCAGGGUAUGUGGUCUCACAGCGCUGGAGUACGUGACUGUCAGGGUAUGUGGUCUCACAGCGCUGGAGUACGUGACUGUCAGGGUAUGUGGUCUCACAGCGUUGGAGUACGUGACUGUCAGGGUAUGUGGUCUCACAGCGCUGGAGUACGUGACUGUCAGGGUAUCUGGUCUCACAGCGUUGGAGUACGUGACUGUCAGGGUAUGUGGUCUCACAGCGUUGGAGUACGUGACUGUCAGGGUAUGUGGUCUCACAGCGUUGGAGUACGUGACUGUCAGGGUAUGUGGUCUCACAGCGUUGGAGUAUGUGACUGUCAGGGUAUGUGGUCUCACAGCGUUGGAGUACGUGACUGUCAGGGUAUGUGAUCUCACAGCGUUGGAGUACGUGACUGUCAGGGUAUGUGGUCUCACAGCGUUGGAGUACGUGACUGUCAGGGUAUGUGGUCUCACAGCGUUGGAGUAUGUGACUGUCAGGGUAUGUGGUCUCACAGCGUUGGAGUACGUGACUGUCAGGGUAUGUGAUCUCACAGCGUUGGAGUACGUGACUGUCAGGGUAUGUGGUCUCACAGCGUUGGAGUACGUGACUGUCAGGCCAGAGAAGUCCCAACACGAUCCCACUGAACCUGACAACCAAGGGACAGUAGGACCAGGGGCUGUUAAAGGAUAUGUAACGACACACACAUUCUGGACAGUGGACAGUCAAACUACAGCUGCAGAGUCUCUGACAUGGAGGGAAUCUGGAUGCACUGAAGAUCUGCUGGGCCUAAAGACACCCCAGCUUCAACACAAUGACCACUCUUCCCUCCUCCCCCCUUUCCACCUCCUCUCCCAACACCUCUUUGCCCCUGUCCUCCUCUUUGUUCCCCCUCUCCAAUGCCACCUAUCCCCCUUUACCUCCUCCUCUCCAAACCAGACCCUAUGUAAUCUAGAUGACGGUGCCCUGCGCCUCCCCCUGGUCUUCUUCUACUCCCUCUUCUUCCUCCUGGGUCUGGUAGGUAAUCUCCUGGCCCUGUGGGUCUUCGUCUUUCUCCACUCCAGGAGGAACUCUGUCCGGGUGUUCCUCAUCAACGUGGCCAUAGCUGACCUGGUGCUCCUGGCCUGCCUUCCCUUCAGAGUCCUCUACCAUGCUAACGGCAACGGCUGGGUCCUCGGCCCCCUGGUCUGUAAAGUGGUGGGCAACCUCUUCUACACGAACAUGUACAUCAGUAUCACUCUGCUGGGGUUCAUUAGUCUGGAUAGGUAUGUGAAGCUGAAGGGGCGGGGCGGAGCGGGGAGGGGCCUGGCCAGGAGGCUGAGAGGCGGGGGAUGGAGCUGGGUGGCGUGCGGGGCGCUCUGGGGGCUGUCCCUGGCGGCGGCCGUGCCCAUGAUCGCCAUGUCGGAGGGAAACGAGGAACCUGGGAAGUGUUUCCAGUAUAAGCAGAGGCGUGGGGCGAAGGGGAAGGCUUACUUCAACAUGGCUCUGGUGCUGCUGUUCUGGGGGGUGUUCUGCCUGCUGGUGGUCUCCUAUGGGAAGAUAGCCAUGCACCUCCUCAAGGUGUCCAGGGAUAAACCUGACCUCCCCAAUGCCCACCGCUACGGUAGCGCCGCCAGGAAGUCCUUCUUCGUGCUCUUCCUGUUCACCGUCUGCUUCGGGCCCUACCACGCCUUCCGCCCAUUCUACGUCCUCUCCCAGCUCAGCCAAUCCCCAUCCUGCGAUUACUUGCGCCUGGUGGACAGGACCAAUGAGGUCAUGUUGUUGUUCUCCGCCUUCAACGCCGUCCUGGACCCUGUGAUGUACUUCCUGUUGUCGGGCUCGGUGCGCAAGGCCGCCGUGAAAGCCCUUGGACAGAGCCUCGGCCACCGGCUCCACUUCCUUAACGACGGGACUUCCAACAGCUCGGUAUCAGAGUUCAGACGGACCUCUCUGUCCGUCACCUCCCCCAACACCGUCAUUAACCCCUCCCAUGAGCCCAGGACCAGCCUCUGUCUGAUUAGCCCCACCCUCCGCCCAGGCGCAGCCAUAGUGGCAAAGCAGUGAAUUUACAGACCUCAUUGUUUACCUUCAUGGACUUUAGUUCUAUUUACAUUAUAAUGUAUACCAUGUACUCAACAACUGAUGCAUGUGACAAGGGCCAAUGUCUUGAACUAGACUCAGUUUCCAAGAAUGGACCUGACCAGAUGUCCUGAAUCAAAGUGAUAUACACUACCGUUCAAAAGUUCAGGGUCACUUAGAAAUGUCCUUGUUCUCGAAAGAAAAGCACAUUUUUUGUCGAUUAAAAUAACAUCAAAUUGAUCAGAAAUACAGUGUAAACAUUGUUAAUGUUGUAAAUUACUAUUGUAGCUGGAAACAGCAGAUUUUUCAUGGAAUAUCUACAUAGGCGUACAGAGUUACAUUAUCGGCGAAACCCCAGUCUCAACGCGAAACCCCAGUCUCAACGCGAAACCCCAGUCUCAACGCGAAACCCCAGUCUCAACGCGAAACCCCAGUCUCAACGCGAAACCCCAGUCUCAACGCGAAACCCCAGUCUCAACGCGAAACCCCAGUCUCAACGCGAAACCCCAGUCUCAACGCGAAACCCCAGUCUCAACGCGAAACCCCAGUCUCAACGCAAAACCCCAGUCUCAACGCAAAACCCCAGUCUCAACGCAAAACCCCAGUCUCAACGCAAAACCCCAGUCUCAACGCAAAACCCCAGUCUCAACGCAAAACCCCAGUCUCAACGCAAAACCCCAGUCUCAACGCGAAACCCCAGUCUCAACGCAAAACCCCAGUCUCAACGCAAAACCCCAGUCUCAACGCAAAACCCCAGUCUCAACGCAAAACCCCAGUCUCAACGCAAAACCCCAGUCUCAACACAAAACCCCAGUCUCAACGCGAAACCCCAGUCUCAACGCGAAACCCCAGUCUCAACGCGAAACCCCAGUCUCAACGCGAAACCCCAGUCUCAACACAAAACCCCAGUCUCAACACAAAACCCCAGUCUCAACACAAAACCCCAGUCUCAACGCGAAACCCCAGUCUCAACACAAAACCCCAGUCUCAACGCGAAACCCCAGUCUCAACGCAAAACCCCAGUCUCAACUCGAUAGAGGAACUCUGCCGAGAAGGUCAGCAUCCCGGAGUCGCCUCUUCACUGUUGACAUUGAGACUGGUGUUUUGUGAGUACUAUUUAAUGAAGCUGCCAGUUGAGGACUUGUGAGGCGGCUGUUUCUCAAACUAGACACUUGUCCUCUUGCUCAAUUGUGCAACCCUUGCAAAAGGGUUUUCUAAAUGAUCAAUUAGACUUUUAAAAUGAUAAACUUGGAUCAGCUAACACAACGUGCCAUCAAAUCAAAAUGUAUUGGUCACAUACACAUGGUUAGCAGAUGUUAAUGCGAGUGUAAUGCUUGUGCUUCUAGUUCCGACCGUGCAGCAAUAUCUAACAUCUACAUGUGAGAAGAGUAAUGUAGGGUAUGUAAACAUUAUAUAAAGUGGAACACAGGAGUGAUGGUUGCUGAUAAUGGGACUCUGUAUGCCUAUGUAGAUAUUACUUUCUUUUUUAAAUCAGCAGUUUCCAGAUACAAUAGUCAUUUACAACAUUAAUAAUGUCUACACGGUAUUUCUGAUCAAUUUGAUGUUAUUUUAAAUGGACAAAAAAUAAGCUUUUCUUUAAAAACAAGGACAUUUCUAAGGGACCCCAAACUUUUGAAUGGUAGUGUAAAUGCCUGUGUCUGUCUGUUAACUAAUAUUGUCAAUAGUAUGUGACACAAUCAUUUCUGAUAUAACACUGUACAAAGCAAAUAAAUAUAUACGCUUUAAGCUCACAUGUA